CCUUUCAAGGAGGGAUGCUUGCAACACGAACAAGACACUUUUGUCUUUUCUGCAGCAGUAAUCGACGCCCCUGAAGCAAAUUGCAUUUGCAGACAAAUUAUUGGAUCUUUGAACUAAGAGACGGCUUAUUGCAUGGGGGAGCCAGAAAAGAGCGCAGGAGGGGGAGAGCUGCGCCCAACAAGUAACUGACUCCGUCCCGUUGUUGGGAUGAAAUGAAAAACACUUUUCAAUUACAAAUGAUAGCAAUGGAUAAACUGAUUGUAUUUAUUUUUUUAAGGCUGUGCAAUCCUAAACGGGCUUACUGGGACGCUAACUGCCUCGAAAGCAACAGGACUUUCCUUGCUUACAAUAAGGACUUCAGGGAAGAUACGUUUCGAAUGGAUCAUGUGGCAGCGUGAAAUAGAUCGGAGAUCUAAGAAAGCCCUCCCAACUUAGUUUGUCCAUGUUGUGCCGCGUAUGCCCUCUCCCCUUCCCCGGCCACAGGCUCCCCCUCCCCACGAGCAACACCGCCUCCGAGGGGCUCUGUUGGGGCGCCGCCACGUUCCGCGACCGGCCCAAGGAAGCAGCGCUCUCCUUGCUGCCGGCCGGCAACCAGGGCGGAUCCUUGCAGCUUAGGCGCCGGGGAAGGCGCGGACCGAGGCGCAAAGCUCUCGUCGAGGUCUCCAACUCACGAUCCCGCUUGGCUCCAGGGAUCGUGCCGGCGGCAGGGCCCCGCCUCGGGAUCUCCAAACUUGGAAGGGUAGAUGGGCUCUCUCCACUGGCCAGGCGCAGCCCGGCCCGCGAGGAGGACCCACCCCGGGGGAGGCGAGAAGCCGCGCUCACCGUUGCCCUUUGGGCGCCGUCCGGCGUGAAGCCUCUUCGGCGGCGCGCCAUGAAGGUCGAGUUCGCCCCGCUCAACAUCCCCCUGGCGAGGAGGCUGCAGACGGCCGCCGUCUUUCAGUGGGUCUUCUCGUUCCUGCUGCUAGGUAAGCGUGUCUGCGCCCCGUCUAGGUGCCCGAUCCUCGCCUAGUUCGCUUGGACGUAAACAGAAACUGCAGUAAACGAAUGUGUUCGCGCCGCAGGCUAGUGAAUUUUUUUGCUUUUCUGAGAGUUAAGCCUGGUUGAAGCUGGGAAUUGUCGAGUUGGUAGGGAUCACGAGGGUCAUCCCCCUAUAAUGAAGGAAUCUCUUUACCCAAGUAGGACUCGAACCCACGACCUUGAGAUUAAGAAUCUCAUACUGUACCGACUAAGUUAACCCAGCUGUCGAAGGGGAUGCAUAUACGAUCGGGCUAUAAUGGAAUUCUGUGCAGGCAGCUCAGUAAGUUUUACUUCUGAGUAAACAUGCAUAGGGUGGGGCAGGGUUCGAGCUCAUGCACGGUGCAAGUUGACUCGCAAGUCAGUCUCACUAAGCUGAGGUUCAGCUCCAAGCAGCUAUGCUGUAAGCCUUCUGCCUUACUAAGGAGUAAGUAGCAUGGAAACAAAGGGGGAUUUAGGAAACCUGAGCAGAGUCUGGCUGUUGGCUUGCGGUUCUAAACGCUUUUGCUAGGAAAUAAGCCCCUCCUCACUUGAUGUGACUUGCUCCAGAGUAAGGCAGCAAGCCAGUGCACAGUCUUUGUGACGAAAUCCCCAUUUAAAGCAGUGGGGCUUGCUUCAGAGUAAAAGUGCUUUAAGCUCAGACUGCACCAUCUAGAAACAGGCAAGAUGCGUUCAGUGUCCCACGUGGGGAUUUGGAAAACUGCCUACUGGAACUUUAUACAUUUGCGAUGAGCUUUGCGCACUCUCGCGGAAAGGUUGUGAUGAUGUGAGGCUCUAGCAUUCUAAGAGAGCAAUCCUAUGCACAGAAGCUGACGGAAAGCAGUGUUAAGUGCUACCCCACAAGUCAUGUGACUGAGCUGAAUAGGUUCAGGCUCCAAUUUAAGUCCCUCCUCUCUGGUCCCACACCCAGAACGCCCCUUUUUGGAAGUUGCAUUUGGCCUCACUUCAACUGGCUGAGCUGGGAUGAGAAAAUUAUUCAGGGCCAUCUUUAGCAUAUACAGUGCCAUGGUGCAAAUUUUCCGCCCGGCGCCCCCCAAAGUUGUUUUUAGGGAGUCUUGCACUGCUAAAAACAUACCACCAAUCGCGCCAGGGAAAGCAGCACGCAGAUUGUGCCAGGUAAAAUAACAUAUCAGAACGCCACCAGGGAAAACAGCAUCACUGGAUGGAAGGGGUGGCGAUGCACGCUUUUCCCCUUCCCAAAGAGAAAUCAGGAGUGCGCCAUCCUCAGUGGCAUACUAAGGUCAGGUGGUGCCAUUUAGGUGAUUGAUGGGUUAAGCAAAUACAUUUUGAUUACAGUACAGUGGUACCUUGGGUUAAGUACUGAAUUCGUUCCGGAGGUCCGUUCUUAACCUGAAACUGUUCUUAACCCGAAGUACCACUUUACCUAAUGGGGCCUCCUGCUGCUGUCAUGCUGCCGGAGCACAAUUUCUGUUCUCAUCCUGAAGCAAAGUUCUUAACCCGAGGUACUAUUUAUGGGUUAGUGGAGUCUGUAACCUGAAGUGUAUGUAACCCGAGGUACCACUGUAUUACCAAAAGAUCAUGAUCUAGGAUUCCAUGAUCAGCAGAGAUGUCUUUUGGAGAUAUUUAUAGGACUAUCUAUACCCAGAAGUAAAAACUGCUAGAGUACUGGUCUGCACCUAGUGACACAUUUCCAAAUUAUUAAUUUUGGAUCCUGGGGAACCAUUGGGCGGGUCGGGGCCGGUCGGCCACGCGCAGGCAGGCGGAGUCGCUUCAUUUAGUCAAGCGGGUUGGUUGCGAGAAGAAGCCUCGUGCCCCUUUUGCUCCGCAGGUUCGGGUUGACGUGUCCAUCAUGCCUUGUACCAAAUCUCAGUCUGAAAGCCAGAGCACCAUCAAAUUCCCAAAGCGGAAAUCGAUUAGGAGAUGUCACAGACCUCUAGAGAAUGAGGAGGCUUCGAAACUGGGCACAAGCCCACUGUCAGUUUCACCCCAGAAGCAGGUCUUGCCUCUCAGCCCGGCUUGGAGAUGACAAUCUCUGCAAUGUCACCCAGUUGCUGCCUUGCUCCCCGAGUAAGCAGGGUAAAAAAAAGAAUAGCUUUCCAUCCACUUCUCCCAAGGGCCGGGCUUUACUUUUCAGCGAGCGUUCAACCCCCAAAUCUCCAACUAAGGGCAGCAAUUUGGUUCCCUCUCGCUUUUGUGGUGGUCAAGAAACCCCUAACACUUCACAGCAGCAUCGCCACCCAAGGAUUAUUAAUUUUGGAGGGUCACUUUCUCAUAACAAUAAACUAUUUCCCUCCACCCAGCCAGCAAAAAAUCACAGUUCUUUUCAGAUGGUAACUUAACACUGCCGUUGCCACCCGCUGCUUUAGUGAACAAGAUGAAACCCUGCUGAGCACAACAGGACAACUCCCAUGGUGCUCAGCCUCCCAUAACUCCUUUCUGGAAAUGGCCCUGGAGGUAGGAGCAGAGCCACUGAAACACAGGGUUCCCAACUCCCACCUCCCUGAGAUGCUCCAAAAGGAUACCAUGGUACUGAAAACUGCCAGUCCAUCACGGCGAGCAAGCAGGGUCACAUUCCACCUAUCUUUCUCCCAACAACUGUCUUCAACCAUGGCUACUAAGGCAGGUUCAGUGGUAUGACCAGCCCUGAAGCCAGACUAGAACGUAUCCAAGUUGCCUCCAAGCAAGCCUGGACUGUUGCCACCCUUUCUAGUGCUUUGCCCCCAAAGGGGCUAUUUGCCAGUGUAAUGGUUGUUUAACUACUGAGCCCAGGGAGAUCUUCUUAAGGUAGGGACACACCACUGCAUUCAGAGCUACAAUACCUCUCAGAUAAAAAGGAACCUGUGAAAUUCAGAGCUACCCAAAAUCCUGUCUGGCGAGCAGAUGCAAGAGUGCUGAUUAUCAUUGUGAUGAUGGUUAUUCUUUUUCAAAUGGAGCUACUGCACCUCACCCUGGGGUCCCUUGUGAAGAAGGGUGGGCUGAAAAUAUUUCAAGCAAAUAGCUAAAUGAGGAAAGCCCUGUUAAGUUUUACAGCCUAAAACCGGUUAACAAUACAAAAGAUUACAACUGUUUUUCUUAUAAUCUGCUUCUGAAGUCAGAGCGGUGAGUCAUUUUGUUGAAAAGGGGCUUUCGUUGUACUCUUUUUGCUGCCUGCUAGAAACAUUUUUGUUUACCCAGAUAUUGAGAAUGCUGAUGUGUUCUUCGUUUAUUGCUGCUUCCAAUUCUUUGGAUGUUUUAAUUGUUUUCACUAAUAAUUGCAUUGUAUUAUUCUUUCUGUAAACUGCCUUGGGGUUUUUUGGGGGGGGCGGCAGCAGUUACAAUCACUUGGUAUAUAAAUUUCAUGAUAUAAAUAAAAAUAAGUAAUAUGUUUAAAAACAAACAAAUUCGGAGAUAGCCACAUUCCACUUGCAAGCAUAUCUUCACCUGCAUUCUAAGCAGUUCAUCCAGGUGACUCUUGCCAUACGAUUGCCCCCUGAGUAAUUUAUAACUGCCUGACUUUAGGACUCUUCUGUGACAUACUAGAAACAGUACUAGAUGUACUGGAAUUAUUUAGCGUGUGUCUGUGUGUGUGUGUAGGAUGGUAUUUUCUAACAGGAGAAACUAAUCUUACAAGUUAGAAUAUGGAGAAGAGGUGGAGUCAGAGAUACCAAAGUUAUUGCGUGAUCAGAUGCAGCUAUGGGGGGGGGGGAGAGAAGGAAAGAAAAAUAAUAGUAGCGCCAUGGUGAAGUGCUACAGUAUAACCCAUGCCCUACUCCUUAAACCUGAAUGAUGAAUAGAAAUGGCAUUAAGAAAGGUAUGCUUCAAAAAAACAUGCAAAGCAAAUAUUUAUUGUUCCUUCAUUGAGAUGGUUGUGCAGGGCUUCGGUAGCCAAGCCUUCCUCUUCUCCCCUAUAAAAACAUAACAUAACCAUAACCAGUGGCUACUAAUCAGCUCAUUAUCCAUCGGAAAUAACCUUCUAAGAUCCUUCACCAUAGCUGUUGAGCCAUUUGUUACAGCAAACUGAAGUCAGAGCUUCAAUUUUCCAACCAAGUAUUGGUUAGCUGAGACUUCUCUGUCACAUUACUUUCCUCCCUUCACCUUCUUGUGAUUUUUUUUUUAAAGCUUCAACCACAAUUUAUGUUAUGUACUGAGUUGAAUAGGAUCCAAAAAGCAGCAGUCUGAUUGGUCCUAGAACAAUGCAGCAGUAUGAUUGGUCCGCAGGAGCCACCCAAUCCAGCUCCAGGUGGAAGUGAAUCCGCAACCUGAUUGGCCUACAGGAGAAUCCCAGAAUUAGCCAAUCAUGUACGACCCAUUGUGUAAAUAAUGUAUAUAAAGCAGAUAUUUUGGGGGAACUUUCAUUCCUCACUACUAUGAGCUGAAUAAAGAGCAUGAAAUCCACACUCGACUCUGAGUAUAUUUCAGUUUAGCUGUAAUGUUUAAGAGUAGUUUUUGUGUGAAUUACCAUAGAUCGUUUGAUGCUGUACUACUAACUGAAAACAGGGCAAAGAAGAGUUACUAAAAAUAGCCAUACCAACCAGUGCAGAGUUUUAUAUACAACCAUCCAGAUGGAAAAGAUCCUGCUAGUCUCCAGUCUACUGCUUGGACCAACAAAAUCUGCACAGCCCACCUGUGACUUGAAAAGCUGUCUUUCUGAAAGCACUUCCUUUGAUGGGAAAUAAAACUUUUCCAAAGCCACAAGUUUGCUUUGUGAGCUACCCCGCACUUUUGGAAAACUAGGCUAGACAUUUUUCUAAAUAAAGUCCAUGGAAAAGAAUGGGAAGGAGAAUAAACUUGGGUCACUCUUGGCUGCCUGCACACCAGAGUUUUUAAGAACGAAAAGUAAGCCUGCUGAAUCAGGCCAAUGGCUCAUUUAGGCCUUCAUUCUGUUCUCACAGUGGCCAACCAGAUGCUUGUGGAAGCUUGCAAGCUGGAUGGGAGCACAGCAGCACUCUGCCCACUUGCAAUUUGCCAGAGCCGGGCUCAGGGCAGCUAACACCAGUAAAAUUACAGUAAAAACAUAAUAGGAAAAAAACCCAAUUUAAAAUACAGGUUAAAAUGCAAUUUAAAAUGCAGCCUCAUAUUAAAAGUAGCCUAUAGAUCAAAACCAUAAGGGGAGGGAAACAUAAGGGUCAGACUGAGUCCAAACCAAAAGCCAGACGGAACAGCUCUGCCUUGCAGGCCCUGCGGAAAAAUGUCAAGUCCCACAGGGCCCUAGUCUCUUGUGACAGAGCAUUCCACCAAGUCGGGGCCAGUAUCGAAAAGGCCCUGGCCCUAGUUGAGACCAAUCUAACCACCUUGCGACUUGGGAACUCCAAAAUGUUGUCAUUUGUGGACCUUAAGGUCCUCCGCGGGGCAUACCAGGAGAGGCGGUCCCAUAGAUAUGUGGGUCCUAAACGUUUUAUAACUGUUGAAAUAGUUCUUCUGAAAUCUCUUGCUUAAAAGAUUCCAAAAAAGGCCCUGAUGAUGACUGAGGUUUUCUGAGGACACAAAAUGUCAACACAAUAUGCUAAAACUUUUUUGUAUAUAUAGGAAAUUAAGAUUUGUACAUUUCCUUUUGAGAAGCUAUCAUCUUUGCCAAUAUGAGUUAUGUACAGCUGUUCAGUUUUGCAGUCCUAAACCCAUUGAUCUGGGAGUAAGUCCUACCGGUUUCAGAAAAUACUUCCAAUUGAAUGUCUUUAGGAUUACUGCCAUUGCAAAACAAGAAAUGUGAUCCAUUUCCUAAGCAUAAACGUAUAAAGCAAAACUCAGCAGGAUAGGUUACUAGGUCACUAUUACAUAUGGAAGCAACCUAAAAACAACUAAUUAGUGGUUUUAUUAAAUGUACACUACUCCCUCAGCAGCAUAGCAAAUACUGUAAAGGCUGAUUAAUUGUUUCAUGCUCUGAAUUGCAUUCUUCAUUAAAGUGAAGCACUGGACAUUUGGCAAUUCAGUUGAGGAAGUUUGAAGUACGAUAUGUGUUCUAUCACAAUUUGACUAUACUACAAAAGGAUCGCAGGAGGAGCUAAAUUACAUACCAUACUUUCCCAUGUAUGAGACAACACCCCCCUCCAUUUUUUAGUCCAGACUUUGGGGUCGUCUUAUACACGGAGUUCUACCGUAAGUCUGUGGUGAGCUAUGCGUCAUCUCAGGGGUUCCUGGCAGCUCCUGAGUCAAUGAGGCUGGGCUGCGGAGGUAGCUGUGGAGCCAAGCCGAGGCGAGGGAAGCAAGAUGCAGGCUCCUGCCAUUAUGCAGUGAAAAUACAGCACUACUUCCAUCAACCAGGGCAGUGGGUCAUUCAGGUGAUUUAAAAGACUGAUUUCUUAAUUUUGGGCUCCCAAAAGUAGGAGUCAUCUUAUACAUGGGGGCCUCUUCUACACAGAAAAAAUAUGGUAAUUUUCUGUAGGGCAGAAAUUAACCAAAGUACCUUGGCAUGAGCAGCACAUAUUGUUUCCCCCUUAUGCUGGUGGAGUUGUAAGGUACAAGGAACAUAUGUGGUGACAUGAAACUAUGUACCAAAGUUCUGAAAGCAGGUUGUAAUUGAAACUGAUAUUAUUGUUGGCAAACAGGUUGCCCUGGAUGCUAAGUUAUGCCUCAUCCAAUUUUGAUGGCCAAUUCUGACGUUACUUCUCAGCCAUUAAUUCUAUAUAUCUGUUGCUUGCCCCUCAUCUAGUGAUCUGUCAAGGGUGGAAGGAUGCAUCUUGUUAUUCUAUAGAUCCAUUGCUUUAAAAAAGUCAUGUUCUUUAUCAUUUCCAAAAAAGCUUGACUCAUAAAAUAUGUGCCACCAGGGUUGAUGUGGACCUUACCGACUUUGCUUCUUUGGGGCCGUUUGUUAUUUAUAUGACCAAAUAAUCCCAUGGUUGACACAUUCCCACUAAAUAUGAGUUUAUUUGGCAACAUUCACGAUUAUUUGUUACAAAUAGGUAUUCCCAGUCACAUGGGCAGGGUAUAUAAUAAUAACAACUACUACUACUAUUGAAAAAACAAAUAAAGCAAAAUGUAGUAUUUACCAAAGUCUUAAGCAUCCAGAGAUUGUGCUGAUGAUGUUUACAUUACUUUUAUUGCUGCUGCUUACCUUGCGAGGGGUAGCCCUGAGGAACGCCAAUCAAGGGACUUACUUCAGAGAAGUCUAGUAUGGCUUUGCACACACUGUAAAUUGUGAACAGCUUGGUGUGGAGUUUUCCGGUUGUUAGUAUUACAACAGACUUUUGAGCCUAUGUUACAAAUGCAAUUUCUCACUGGAGAGAAUGCAGAACUUGGCUUCCAAAUUCCAAAUGUGUGAUGUGUGGAGUGUCGCAUUGUAUGUCUGAGCCUGAAUGAACAACCAGGAGGCACCUUUCCUUCAACCAGUGUGGCUAGUAUAGGAGCAGUCAGAGCUGCAAGAGUCCCCUUCAUAGCAGAGCUCUUGUGUCCUUAUGAAACACUUCUCCAUGACUAAUAUAGCAAAAAGCCAUUUGCAUGAAUUUGUGAAAAUACUCUCUUGGAACUUUCAGCUUGUGGCUCAUUUGUCCUAGCAUACAUGUAGUUUCUGCCAGAGGCUGCUCUCCAAAGCAGAACAGACAAAGAUAGCAGUUGUUCUCUUAUUAAUCAUCUGUAAAGAUCAAGGACAUGGUGACAUGAGGAAGGCAACUGCAUGGGGCUUCAUGCAGAUGAAAGAAAUCAAGUCUCCUAUCAUUCCUGCUCGGCUCAGGCAAGUUUCUGUAUAUGGAUGGGGCCUUACUGAGCAUAGAUUUUUCCAGAUCUACUAAUGGUUUAUGUAGCGGAAUAACUGCUAGGGAAUUAUUGGCAUCUGUCUGUCUCGAGAGUCAAUGGAGUCUGCCUCGGGGGUGAAAUCAAACUGCUGGAAGAUCACAACGUCUGCUGUGGCUGCAGAGACCGGUAACUCCUAACUGCUGCUUCCCAAGUUGUUUUUGUUGCAUUAGCAGCACUGAAGUGACCUCUCUGGGGUGCAAGCCUGGGCAGUGUUUAUUAUGGAGGUCUUGGACUGUCCAGAUGACAAUUCCCCUCUCUUGGCCUCACUGAUGUGGUCCAAAGGAAAGCAGAGGAAUACAUUUGGCACCAGCUUGGCUGCAGGUGUUGCCAGAAGGAGGUAUGCAAGACACCAUCCAGGUAUCUUAGGGACUCCAUUCUGGAUUUGUGUAGAAUUUGCUCCUUAGCCUUUUCUUCUCCUGCAGAUGCCCCGCAGGGUAGCAGGUACAGAUUUUUUUUUUCCUCAGGGAAAAUUAGGACCAGAAUUUUCAUUCGCCUAGAUGGGCUACCUUCCUGGGUUGAUGAGCCACACCUGAUCCUCACUUCCCUCUAUGGCGCGUGCAGAAACCACCUUUUUGACCAUUGGACCCACUACUGGUCUUGUCUGCUCAAUCUGCUGGAGCCUGUCUGCAGGGGAAGUCCCCAACCCACUGAGGGUUUGAGACCCAUUGGCUACCCUCCCCUGGUUUAGUCAGCCAGUCGGAACAUUUCCCAGAAUGUGGCUGCUGUCUCAUGCUGACAGCUACUAGCAGCCACAGGUGAGAGCUGAGUGCAGGAUGGGGACCAAAGGUAGGCAAGCUACCCCAGAAGUAGCACAAUGCGUCUCCCGCCAGAGGUGUUCCUCCUAACCCCCCAUACACUCCAUGCAAGAGAAUAAAAUGUUGCAAAUAACUGGCCAAAAAAAAAAGAUUGAAUCUUUACCACAGUAUGCAGCCUCGGUCCAGUAUACCUGAAACGAGCGUCUCCACCCCCAUCAUUUUGCCUGGACACUGAGGUCCAGUGCCAAGGGCCUUCUGGUGGUUCCCUCACUGAGAGAAGCCAAGUUACAGGGAACCAGGCAGAGGGCCUUCUCAGUACUGGUGCCCGCCUUGUGGAACGCCCUCCCACCAGAUGUCAAAGAGAAAAACAACUACCAGACUUUUAGAAGACAUCUGAAGGCAGCCCUGUUUAGGGAAGCUUUUAAUGUUUAACAGACUACUGUAUUUUAAUACUUUGUUGGAAGCUGCCCAGAGUGACUGGGGCAGCCAGAUGGGCGGGGUAUAAAUAAUAAAUUAUUAUUAUUAUUAUUAUUAUGCCACUCAACUUGCCCAGUGGUACAGGGCAGGACUUUGGGCAGAAGUUCAGGGCCUCACUCAGCAGAAUGAGGAGGAGCCCCCUGCCUCAAAUGCAGCAAGGCUGGCUUGCCACAUUUGAAACAUGGCCAUCGAAAGGAAUUGCAAUCCCACCUCUCCACAUUCUUAUACCAUUAAGCCUGGAGUCUAAAAUUACCAAACGGCUCGCUUCUUUGUCAGUGAGGAUGAAUUGGCUUUCUGUCAUUCCAUCCAAUGCUCUGACAGCUCCUAAACCAUUUAUUAUUCAUUAAUAGAAGCUAGAGGCACAGCCUCGGACAAGUGUUUCCUGCUUAAUCCAAUUAGUGUAAUAAUGUUUUGUUUGCUGAACACCCAGCGCGGAUUAAGCACAAGGGAGACAACUUGCUUCAGUGCAAUGACUUUGUGUGGUGCUUUUCUGUUAGGUUUUUCUUUUAUGCGUUGGAUCCCAAAUAAUGUUGCGCCUAUGUUGUAUGUCUGACUGGAAUCAGGCUGUUUAGAUGAGGAGCUAUACAAGUGAGCCAAACUGGAAGUCUGGCUCCAAGCGCUUGCUUUCAUAUAUGUUGCAGUUCCAUACAGUUUGAGGGUGAAAAUAGGGGUGUUGUCUGAAUGCCAACACAGCUCUCUCCAUCACUGCACAUUGCUGAAAGCUCUGCAAUGACAUCUCCUGCCAUGUAACAGAAGCACAGUUAUCUUCUUUUUAAACUUGGGGAAUCUCUAAUCUCAUGAUGAAUCUGCUUGCGUAUGCCAUCUAAUAUAACAAGUGGGUAUUGCAGUGCAAAUAAAUGUUGCAGUGUGUUGGGCUCCCUAUUCAGGAUUCCCGUUGCUCCAUUCUUUUCCACCACCCUGGGCAGUUUGCAAUCCACAGCCACUGAGCACACUUGGGCUGGAUCUAGACACAUCGAAGAAGCAUUUCAGUUAAACGCAUUGCAAACUUUGUAUGAGAAAUCAGGUUAGCAAAAAUGGAACUCCACAUCGCCAUCUGGUGUCAUAGUGUUAAAAUGCAUAAACAAUGCAUAUAAAGUGAUUUUUCUUUGCCAGUGUAGCUGAGUCCUUAGUUCUCAUAGGUUUGUUUGUGAAUCACUUCCCUUCCUAGGCUUUUCCCUUGCACACUGCAGGGUCCCCAGCCCACUAUCUUCUUCUUGUUUGUGAAUGUUGCCAUUAUUGGCUGAUUAUAUAUGUUUCUUAUAUGAAUAAACACUUACAUCAGGAAUGGAAGUGAAGCUGAUGCUCUUCUGUGAACUGGCCACUACUCUUUAUUUAAAGGUAAUCCUCAAAAUUGUUGCCAAGCCCCCGAGAGACAGUUUUUUACUAGGAACAGGUACAGUGGUACCUCUGGAUGCGAACGGUAUCCGUUCUGGAGCCCCGUUCGCAUCCAGAAGCGAACGCAACCCACGUCCGCACAUCUGCGCAUGCGCGGGUCAUGAUUCACCACUUCCAUGCAUGCGCGUGAUGUCAUUUUGACCAUCUGCACAUGCAUGAUCAUCAAAACCUGGAAGUAACGCGCUCUGUUACUUCCGGGUCGCCGCAGCACGCAACCCGAUAAUACUUAUCCCGAAGCUACUUCAACCUGAGGUAUGACUGUACUGGAAACCACAGAGGGUGCAAAGUUCAUAAUCAUAGCAACAUAUAUUAAGGACUUUACAAGGCUGUCAUCUGCUGGUGAGUCUAGUAUUCAGCAGGGAGCAACAAACUCUGGUUCAGGUGAAGGAAUUGCAAGAUCUAGGCUAGGGAGCACACAUGUAAACACACUGGAAUCCUUGAGCUCUUCUUUCCUUAUAGACAGCUUGUUGCAACACACAGUACAUCUAAAGUCAUUGUGUUUUUGGUUCCCUAACCCACAGCCCUCAGAAUAUCCUUGGGGUGUCUGAAAAAGUUUCCCCACUCCUGCUCCUAGGUCAUGUGGGGUGUUUUAUUUCAGUCUCACUUCCUCAUUGGCCAUUAAUGUGUCACCUAUGGCCCUGUUUCCUUCAAGCCACCCUGUUUCCCUUAGGGACGUAAAAGCUGAUGCAAAUCUCUUUUGUAAAAAGAGGGGGAAAAACCCUGCCCAAACCACAAGAUGCUUGUGCCCUGCCCUCAGUUUCAUUUGUGCUAGAGGUGAAACCCAGCAGAGGGAUAACUUCAGAAUGCAUUUUCAAUAAUAAGUCCCUGUCUUGGAAUAUCUGAGGGAAAGUGCCUCUGGUCAUGGGAAGCACAUUUAGGUUGUGUACACCUUUAAAGCACCCCCAUUCCAAUUGAAUUCUGGGAAUUGUAGUUUUCCCCUCGCAGAGCUAGAGUUCCCAGAACCCUUAACAAACUACCCUCUCCAUCUCCCAUUUUAUCCUCACAACAACCCUGUGAGGUAGUUUAGACAGAGAUAGUGACUGGUCCAAGGCCACCUGCUUAAGAUUCAUAGUGUUUAGCAGGGGUUUGACCCCUGGGGAAAACCAAAGCCUGCAAUUGGGUAGGAGAAAUCACGCAUGUGGAGAAAGUCAGGGAUAUAUUGAACGGGAAGGUGCAGGAACUAAACUGAAAUUAAAUGCAAACAAGAGUGGUGGUCUAGCUCAUCCUGGAUGGAGCUGGUGGGAGUUGUAGCUGGUGUAGCUGGUGGGAGUUGUAGUCUAAAUGACUGACCAUUUACUCUUUCAGGUCCCUAACAUUGCUCAGAGUGACAUGCAGAGAUUGACCAGUUGAACUGCCUGUGUCACUGUGUUGCCUUUCACCAAAAAUAUGUUGUUGUCCAAGGUUUAUGUAACUUGGUCUUCAACUUGCUUUUAAUCAAAGCUGCUUAAGAACUCUCUCAUGUGUUUGUUGUUGAUCUUUUUAACACCAUGAGCUUUGUUAACUUUGCUUAACAGGUCAUUCAGACAAACACAGAAAGAACAGUGGGUGUGUUAGUUUGAGCCUUAGUGUUUCUGAAUUCAUUUGGCUUCCUACCCUAAGGAAAGCAGGACGCACAUCUCAGGGUAAGCCCUUGGUUAGUACAAAAGCAAACCUAUCCUAUCAGCUUUUGUUGCUAUCUGGACUGUGUGGCAGCCUUUGUGAAGUCUUUGAAUAGCCCUGCCAGGUACUAGUCAUCAAACUUUGUGUGACUUUCAUACCUCAAGGUCAUGUUGAUGUUAAGCCAUGUGGAAUCCUGCCAAGGAGCUGAAAGGGUAGUAAUUCUGUCAAGCCAAGUGAGACUAUAUUGAGUCAUUGUCAUGUCAGGAACUUGCUCAGCCACAAAUGGAAUACGUACAUCUCGGCUUUGGGAAUAAGUUGCAAAACUUGUGCUGCAAGAUAUUUGUAAUACAAGAACUCGUGACCACUUGCUUGAUAAAUCAAGAGGAAACUUUAUCAUAACUGUCCUCUCCCCUGAAAUAUUCUCAGGAUGCCUUUGCUUUAAGUUCUGCACGUACAUGGGAUUAUUGUGCAGGCUCUAAAUCUGUUAAAGUUUGGCACUGGGAGAAGACUCUCUCUUUUGAAAGUGUGUUACUCAAGAAAAAUCUGGCCUUCCAUGUCUUCCACUCUUCCAAUUCCUUUCUGUCUCCUUGUCUCUUGCCAAAUAAUUUCUAAAUUGUGUUGGAUUAUGCAUUUUGGAUACAAGCUAUAUUAUGGGAAACAAAUGUAUUUGAUUUGGAUGAGAAAGAAAAUUGAGAGUUUAAAAAAACAAAGUUUGGCUUUAGGUAAUUUCUUCUCAAGUUCAUUUCCCUUAAAAUGGUAAAACGUCUACUUAGAAAUAUGUUCCAUUGAUUUAAAUGAGCUUACCCCUAAGUGAAUUGAUGUAGGAUUGAAAGCAAUGGAGCUUACUUCUGAGUAGACAUGAACAGGGCAGCACUGUUGGCUGCCUAUUUUCCUGAGGCUCUUGUUUGCUGUAUCUGCCACUGUCGUGUUAGCCCUACUCGGCCCCUGACACCUGCAUAUUGACUUACCAUUAGUGUGGUUGAAAGGUCCCUUUUUAUUUCCAAAGCUAAAAAUAAAUUAUUGCCCAGCUUCAGCUUGAAACUACAGUAUCAUGGAAUUGUAGUACCGAACCACAUAUUCUCAGCAGAAUGAUUAAUAUUUAUCAUUUUAAAUUAUCCAAGGCAGGACAUUAUGCCUCCGUGCUCUGAUUUCUCGUUUUAUCAGGCAGAAUGACAAAAAUGAAACAAAAUAAAGGAGAAGCCUUUGAAAGGGUAAAAUAAAAACCCCAGCAUUUGAUGAAGGAUUUCAAAGGGUAUACUGUGGUACCUCAGGUUACAGACGCUUUGGGUUACAGACACUUCAGGUUACAGACUCUGCUAACUCAGAAAGAGUACCUUGAGUUAAGAACUUUGCUUCAGGAUGAGAACAGAAAUCGUGCAGUAGCAGCAGGGGGUUUGCAGGAAUGCAAAGGAUAGAAUAGAACCUUCCACUGCUGUCAACAGCAAUACCGCAGUGUUACGAGUUUUGGGGCAGAGAGCAGGUUGUAUGUCAGAGUUGAGAGCAGAGAGUUGCAGAGAAGCAAAGCAGCAAGCUGGUGUGACUAUGGGGGAAGCACCCUCCAUGGAUUAGGUACAAGGAGAGAACCCUCAAGAGGCUACUGUUGGCCAGCCAUAGGGAUCACGAUGGGAAAGGAGAAGAAAAUGGCAAGGAGGUAAAAUUAUGAGUUGCAUUCAUCGUAUGAAAUGUUUUGUGUUUUCUGUGUCUCUGUUUUUAGCACAAUGCUGCUGUGGAAUCUUCAUGAUCUUUGUGUUUGGAGAUUACUGGUUUAUCUCAGCUUUUUAUGCGCUCUGGCUCUACCUGGACUGGGAAACCCCCCAAACUGGGGGGCGAAGAUCCAAGUGGGUCAGAAACUGGACUGUGUGGAGAUACUUUAAGGAAUACUUUCCAAUUCAGGUGAGUGAAAUGUUUUGCAGUGAAAGUUAAUGUGUUUGUGUGCGCAUGCUUGUGCACUCUGCGUAUGUCCCAGAGCAUGGUGAGGAAAGCCGAUGUAGUUUGCAUCUCGUUAGGAUUCCACUUCUGUUUUGUUCCAUUAUUAUUCCUGUGCUGAAACUUUGCACGUGUGGAUGGCCAAUGUGGAGAGGCCAUCACAGAAACAUGGCCACACGUUGCACUAAACAAUGGCUGAGCACCACUUUAUGGUCCUAGAUAAGCCUUGGGCUUUGCACACUCCCUUUCUGUCCUCCAAUGUGACUGGAAGAAAUGGUUUUGAAAGCUUUCAAUCCUUUUCUUGCUUAACUACAGCUUGCUAUGCAAUCCUAACAAACCAGCUAUGGUUGGCUUGAAACAGCUUGAGCACAACAGGACUUAUUUCUGAGUAAAUGUGCAUAGAUUGCAUUAUAACACUAUGGAGCUGAGAUCUCUGUGUCUAUAUACUCUACAAGUUCCACCUCCAUUUCUUAUUUUUAACCCAAAUUGAGGUCUCUUCCAGAGAAGCUGUUCUUUGAGCAAUCGUUCUUAUUUGUGGGUGUGGAGGUUAUGCAACAGGACAUCAAGAGAGUGUGGUGUAGUGGUUAACAGCGGAAGUCUCGUAAUCUGGUGAACCAGGUUCGAUUCCCCGCUCCUCCACAUGCAGCUGCUGGGUGACCUUGGGCUAGUCACACUUAUUUGAAGUCUCUCAGCCCCACUCACCUCACAGAGUGUUUGUUGUAGGGGAGGAAGGGAAAGGAGAAUGUUAGCCGUUUUGAGACUCCUUCGGGUAGUGAUAAAGCGGGAUAUCAAAUCCAAACUCUUCAUCCAAACUCUUCUUACCCCACACUUUCCAGAGCAUUUCCCCAUAACUUUCCAUCUCAUAAAAAUGUCUGAGGGGUGGGGAGCAGGUUUGUUUUGCAAAAGCAAUAAUUAGCUUUCGUUGUGGGAUCUGAAUUGGCCAGUAUGCAAUUGCCAGUCAACUUUUAAAUUAAGAGUGAACUUCUUACUGAGCCUUUAUUUCAGCUCAUAAAAACCUCGGAUUUGGAUCCAAGCCAGAACUACCUCUUUGGGUUUCAUCCUCAUGGCGUCCUUGUCGCUGGAGCUUUUGGAAACUUUUGCACAGAAUACACAGGUUUUAAGAAGUUAUUCCCUGGUCUGACUCCAUACCUACACAUCUUGCCUUUCUGGUUCAGGUGUCCUUUCUUCAGAGACUAUAUUAUGUGUGCAGGUAAGCAGUAAACCCUAGUAAUUCAGAUGUGUCUGUUUUUCAAAAAAUGGAAUUGAUGUACAGUAUUUUUUUAAAAAAUGCGACCCUACCUGAUUUCCAAAGCAACCGAACACAUUUAGCAAAUCAGAUAAUAACAGUGGGCUGUAUUUAACAUAUCACUAAGGAGAAUGUUCUGCCAGUUUCAGGAGUUUUCCUUGUGCAGCAGAACCUUAUUCCCCUCUGCUGCCCCCAUACACCAAAAUACAAGUCACAAAGAUUCAGAACUGUAAAACAGCCAUCAGAAAUUGAGCUCGCAAAAAGAUCAUUCACCAAAGGCCUUUUCGAAAAGCCACGUCUUCACCAGCCAUUUGAAGCAAUGUAAUGCUUUCACUGGCACACUUUGUUCACUUCGUAAAGUAAGCUCUGGGACGUGGCCUGAUUCUCACAGCCCUAUUCAGGUGUUCUCCAUCUUCCACAUCACCAGAGGAUGCAGAAAGAGGAGAUUCCGCUCUACAGAUGUACUCCUCAGGUCUGGGUAGUGAGAGGGUAGGGGGUUGCAGAUGGGGAAGAAGGAUUUAGCUUCAGUCACCCCCUCACAUGAUUAUUAAUUGCAUGAGCAGGGCCAGAUUUACGUAUAAGCUAAACAAGCUAUAGCUUAGGGCCCCUCUCUCUUGGAGGCCCCCAAAAAAUUUAAAGGGAAAAUAAAACUGGAUGUACAUUUCCAAAAUAUAAGAUAAAAAACAAAUAAAACAAAACAUACAUACAGCAAGUGUUUCGUGUUGUGUAGGCUCCUAUGAUGUAAGUAAUGGGCCCCGCCUGCUAGCCUGCUCCCUAAAAUAUCACUGGUUAGAUACCUAUUAGGUCCAUAAAUUACCAUAUAGCAUAUAUUCAACAACAACAAAAAAGAGACAAUUUGUUGUUGGCAAAGGACACCUGGACAUAUAAAGGGCCCCAUUACCUUCAGUAGCUUAGGGCCUCAUCAAACCUAAAUCUGGUCCUGUGCAUGAGGGGAAACACCCAAACAGGGGUCAUCAAAUUCAGUAGUAACAACAUGUAGACUUUACUGUUUCAUAAGUUAAAACGGUAGUUUGUUACAGAGCAUAUAUAAGAAAUAAUUGGAUAUCAACUACAGAUGAAUCCACCAUCUUUUGGGAUAGCUUAAAAAAAGGACAUAAGAGCAGAACAUUGAAAUCUAAUCAGAGUAUUAAUAGCAGCUAAAUGGUGUACUCCCAUAAUUCCCACAGAACAAAAAUAGUUUCAAUAAAAUUUGUUUUCUUGCCACAGUGACAGAAUUAAUGGAGCUGGUAUGCUUAAGGGAAGGUAGACAGAGAAAUGAGCAAUUUGAGAGUCAGUGGGCCCCUUUUAAGUACAUGAAAUGAGAACCUCAGUUAAUUUUUUAAAAAAGCUUUUCCCACUGCUAUCAUAUUCAAUUAAAUAAUUUGAUCAUUGAUGUUGUAGAUAUUUAAAUAAACUGUAAUAUGAGUUUUUAGAAAACAUAUUUAUAUUUGUCUUAUAAUUCAUUAAGGGCACAAUCUUAAUACAGGAUUAUUUCAAAAUAAAUGGUAAAUUAGUGACUCUCAGAUUGCAUUAUGUAAUAUGUCAUUUGUAGACUGUUUGCAUGUUUAUAAUAAAGAAUUAACUACUGUACGGAGCACAAAUUUAACUUCAGCAGAUUUUUUCAUUCCACAUGACUAAUGGUUUCCAUGCAACACUGAUCGGUUGAUUGGGUAUUCUGUUAUUUAUUUAUUCACACUUUCAGGGCUGGUUUCAGCAUCCAAGAAGAGUGUGUCUCAUGUGCUCAGCCACGAAGGCGGUGGAAAUGUUGCUGUGAUUGUAAUUGGAGGAGCAGCAGAGUCUUUAGAUGCCCGUCCUGGAAGCUUAACUCUUAGCAUCCUCAAAAGGAAAGGCUUCAUUAAGGUGGCUUUGAAACAUGGGUAAGUUCUAUGUGUAGACCUCACCCAUUAAGGAUAAAGUGGUAACACACAGGACAUUAACUGGGAAUCUAGAGAACUUGUCAAUUGAAAUAAGAUGGAAUGUAGGUACCCAAAACAUGAAAUGGACUAUAGUGGUACCUCAGGUUAAGUACUUAAUUCGUUCCAAAGGUCUGUUCUUAACCUGAAACUGUUCUUAACCUGAAGCACUACUUUAGCUAAUGGGGCCUCCUGCUGCUGCCGCGCCACCGGAGCCCGAUUUCUGUUCUUAUCCUGAAGCAAAGUUCUUAACCUGAGGUAAUAUUUCUGGGUUAGCGGAGUAUGUAACCUGAAGCAUAUGUAACCCGAGGUACCACUGUACUUGAUAGUAUUCUAUAUCUUGUCGUUGGCCACCGUCUGUCUCAGGAGACAAUGGAGGAGUGCGUCUUUGGGGGUGAGGUCAAAUGGUUGGAGAGUUACAGUGCUGUAGAGACUGUUAUGAGAUAGACAUGCUUUGUUGUGCUGCUGCAGAUGCACCAUGGCGUUUCUUCUCUCUGCAGUCCUCCCCAGCAGUCAUCCCUCCUCUGGUCACUGCUGCGGAUACACAACCUGUCUGUCGGUCUGUCUCUAGCACUGGGGUUGUCUGCAAGGCAUUCUCCAACUUUUGCAAUGCAGUUCCCCAGCCAAGUAACAUCAUAGUAUGAAAGCACACCUGCUGUGCUACUAUGUGCGUUGACAUGCGUUACAAUUGCUAGAGAAAAUUGCAUACAAAAUCUGUCAAUUUCAGUUCUCUCAGUUUCUUAUUUUCCCCACCUUCAAUUCAGUUCUCCAUAUUUCUGCAGCAAUCUGUGACUUUUUAAAAUCAUCGUGAAAAUUCAUCAGCCUUUUAAUGUGAAUUUCUCCUAAUACGUUUUUGUACGGAGUUUCAACUUUUGCAAACAAUUUCUCCUAAUAUAAAACAUUUCUGUAUGUUAUUUUCACUAGUAUAUUCUUCCCUCUCCACCCCCCACUCCGAUAUGUGCCUUUUCGUAAAUGUUGGUUGCAGAACUGCAUCCCAGAAUUUGGAUAAGUGCAAAUUAUGAAGAAUUCUCACAUUGUUUUGGAAAGUCAGAAAUUGAUCAAUUUGGCUUUAAGUGUGAAUUGAAUUAAAAUUAUCCUCCACCCCACAUAUAUAAAAACGAGGGAAGAAGUGCAGUGUUGUGAAAUAGAUUCCCCCCUCCAAUAACAAGAACCAAAUAUUCACACACAGAAAAGAGCUGUCCUAUAUAUGUCUAAGAGUCAUUUAAUACGUAAGUAUGAAAUUGCACAUGUAGCAACUUCCUGUUUCAUGACUUUUUUUUACUGUGUACUUGCAAUAUUUCUUUGUAAGUGAGCUAUUAGCCAACAGCAGUCCUAUGGGCCUUUCCCUUCCUGUGGUUAUUGUUCCCGAUUUCAACAUUUCUUGCAUUUACUGUCAUUUCUAACUUUAUAUCUUGGUAAAAGAGGCAGCCAACUACAAUUUCGUUAAAAUCCCAUGCAAGUGUUUUUUCUGCCCUGUGCUCAAUACUUCACUGAUUUUGGCUGGGGAGAGGGCUGCCUGCCUGGGCAUGUGCCCUGUGUGUCCAUGCCAGAAAUUUUAUGCAAGCAUAUGGGCUGGCCAUGCUUAGGUUUGGCAAUAGUCCCCACUGGCAUGUGGUCUCCACAUGGUUAGCCAAGGGUGAAUGGGGCCCUCAGGCCAAAAUAAGCUUAGCCACCGACCUCUGAUCUAUUCAGUGCUAUUUUUCUAGAAAAACAGGUGCUGGAACUCACCAUGAACACCUCCCUUAUUCUCUUAGAAUGGAAAUGGCGUCCACCUGAGAGGUGCUAGAACUGAGUUCUGGCUGAAAGAAAGCCCUAGACGUAUGGCAUCUGCUUAGUUAGUCCCAUUGGACUAACCUGGUCUAGUCCUGGACUAAUAUUGCAUUUAGUUGUGUAAAUGGAGGCAUAGUCCUGUUGCCUGUUUUUCCUAGGAGGCAGUAGGUAGCAACAUGAAUUUAGUGCCAAAGUUAUUUGUUGUUGUUGUUUAGUCGUGUCCGACUCUUCAUGACCCAAUGGACCAGAGCGUGCCAGGCACUCCUGUCUUCCACUGCCUCCCGCAGUUUGGUCAAACUCAUGCUGGUAGCUUCGAGAACACUGUCCAACCAUCUCGUCCUCUGUCAUCCCCUUCUCCUUGUGCCCUCCAUCUUUCCCAACAUCAGGGUCUUUUCCAGGGAGUCUUCUCUUCUCAUGAGGUGGCCUCAUGUAUUGGAGUCUCAGCUUCACGAUCUGUCCUUCCAGUGAGCACUCAGGACUGAUUUCCUUAAGAAUGGAUAGGUUUUAUCUUCUUGCAGUCCAUGGGACUCUCAAGAGUCUCCUCCAGCACCAUAAUUCAAAAGCAUCAAUUCUUUCGUGAUCAGCCUUCUUUAUGGUCCAGCUCCUUUAAAUGGGUAUACUUGUCAACACAUUGACAUGAGUUAUGUCAACUGCGUUGUUGCUUUUCUCUGGCAGAGCUCAACUGGUCCCAGUGUUUUCUUUUGGGGAAAAUGAACUGUUCAAACAAGUUGCAAACCCCAAAGGAUCAAGGCUCAGAACAUUGCAAGAGAAACUGCAGAAGAUUAUGGGGUUUGCAUUGCCUUUGUUUCAUGGCAGAGGAAUCUUUCAAUAUAGCUUUGGGGUGAUGCCUUACAGGAAACCUGUUCACACUAUUGGUAAGUUCUUUUUGCUCUCUUUUUGCUCUCAUAUGCACAUGUUUAAUAUACAAAUCUGUGUCAAGAAAUAGUAGCCACUUAGCCUUUGCAAACGGUUCCAUAUACCAUUUAAGCACCAAAUGCAGAAGAGGAGGAAGUUUGAAAUAAGCAUUUGUCUCUUUCCUGAUCUUUUAUUUAUAGGUUUCCUCCUCUCCCCCUGCCCUUUGACUGUGUUGUGUUUAUAUGUAGCUCAUAGAAUUUGUCAGCAGAAAAUAAUCUACAUAACAUGCUUCAAUUCAUACUUUAUUACCCGCAUCCCUAUGUUGUACGGUUGGUGUGGUAUGUUGUGUUAAGAACAUCAUAAGAGCCUUUGUGGAUCAGACCAAAUGUGUGUUAACUAUUAUUUCCUUUUAUAUACUGCUCUUCUUACAAGAUCCCAGAGCAGUUCACAAGUAAAAUACAAAUCAAACAACUGCAACAACAAAUCAAAUAAGAUGAUAUAUUAAAAUCACCAAAGCUCUCUUGUAACUUCAAUACAACAGUGAGAUAAUAAAUACUUUGAUUGCAUAUCCAAUAAAACACUGACAGUUGGGAAACUCUGGCCCACGAGCGCUCCAAUUGGAGAACAGCCUUUACCAAAAUUGUCAUGGACUUUGAAGAGGCUCAAACUCAGGAUGAAAGGGAGAAACGUGCUAAGAGGAUGGCACGUUUGGCAAAACCUCCCCAUGAUCAACUCCUGCCAGGAAACCUAUGUUCCCACUGUGGAAAGACAUGUGGAUCCAGAACUGGCCUCCACAGUCACUUACGGACUCACCGUUAAGACCAUGUUCAUGGAAGACAAUCUUACUCAGAUAUGAGUGAUCGCCAAAGGAGGAGGAGGAGGACUUGGACCAGAGAGAUUUGGAUUCCUACUGUACUCAACCAAGAAGCCCACUGGGUACACUUCAGUGAUUGUGGAUCCCAUUAUAUCCCAGCAUGAUUACAGAUCCCAUUAUCUUUCAGCUGAACUUACUAUAUAGGAUAAUUAUGAAGAUAAAAUGGAAUAAUCCCCAUGCAUGUCUCCUUGAGCUCCAAAUAAUUAGUGAUUUAAAAAUGUCCACUUACAUUCCCAUUUGGUUAUCUACCAAAACCAGGUUAUUGCAGGAGUUUGAUAAUAUGUUGAGCGGUUUGUACUUUUUCCUUUAUUGCCUUCCACCAUUCCUGUACUUUGCAUAGUUUUCAAAUGGCAAACUUCUAGCAACACACCAUAUUCUUGAGGUCUUCUGCAAGUAUUAUGUCAGCUGCUUUAAAAUGUAAACAGAAUCAUAAGAUAUGUUCUAACCACUUUUGUCAGGAGUGAAGAGAGGACUGAAAACCACUUCUGGCUCAACUUUUGAUUAAGAGAAGUGCUCUUCUAAAAAGUGGCAUAUUGCUUGCUACAGUAUGAUACGCCACAGAAUAUGUUGAGAGGUAGAUUUGCAUUUGUAAAUACAAGUUAGAGAUCAUUAGAGGAGGUGUAGGAGAGAGGAGAAGAGGCUAAGAAAAGAAAGAAUGCUAACUGCAAAAACACUAGAACCUAAAAGGACAGGUGCAUUACUUUGUGCACUGACUGCUUAAUUUAAACUGACUGAUGCAUGAGCCUUUUAGGGUGGAGCAGGUUCCAGGUGCUGAUUCAACCUGUUGCUUUAUGAAAGUGAUUUAAAAAUAGCGAGAAAGAAAUGCAGGGUGGAUGUGAUUGAACAAAAUAACUAACUUUUGGAAACUGAAAAGUAUACAAGAACAAUUUGCAACAAAGACACAGUUCUGUUAAACAAGAACACAAGGUGAUCAAUUGGCAUACUGGUCAUUUUAAACUGUGAACGUCUAGGUAAGUAGAAGGACAACUUCUAUGAUGUUUUCUAUGCCUUUGUAUCUUUGAGUACUUGUAAACAUAUCCCAUGCAUAUAAUAGUGUCCCAAAUUUACAAACUAGUUCUAGGUUUAGAUGGCACCAUAAAGAAACAGGUUGUUCAGAUAGCAGCAGUCAUUUGAUUAUAAAUACUGAAUAAGGAAAAUGUACCCAUGUUACUAGCCCAAUAAAGUACAGUGGUACCUCUGGUUACAUACGCUUCAGGUUACAGACUCUGCUAACCCAGAAAUAGUACCUCAGGUUAAGAACUUUGCUUCAGGAUGAGAACAGAAAUUGUGCUCCGGUGGCGCGGCAGCAGUGGGAGGCCCCAUUAGCUAAAGUGGUGCUUCAGGUUAAGUACAGUUUCAGGUUAAGAAUGGACCUCCGGAAUUAAUUAAGUACUUAACCCCAGGUACCACUAUACUUCCAUUCCUUAAUAGGCAGUUGCCUGUAAUUAACAGAGCUGCAGCAGAAGUCCUUCCCACUUGCAAAUCUAUUUUCUUUGGACAUAUUGACAUACUCUGUUUUCAGAAUGGCUUCCUUUCGGCAAAAGAAUCUGUCUUCAGUAUGUGAGACUGUUUGGAAAAGCAGUUCGUUGGAUGUAAACCACUUUGAUUUUUAAAAAAACAACAACAAAAAAUCGAGCAGUAUAUAAUUUUUACGAAAUAAAUAAAUAAAAUUGGGAAUUUUACUUUUCAUGUGACCAUUCAUGUUGUUUGUUUUCACUUACGAAUUGUUGUUGCCAUUCAUACUGUAUGUACAUGAAGAAGUGCUGUAAGCAGCCAGGUUGUAUAGAUCUUUGUUAACAGCUUCUAAUGAAGUGGUGACACUGAUCCUACCAAUUUCGCCAAUAUUUCCUCCUUGGACAUUGCUGUUGCUCUGCAGUACUAAGAUCACACAGAACCAUUUUUGAAAAAUGUAUUCAGGAAACCAACAUAGUAAAGGGUAUCCACAUGCCUCAGUGUGAGUGGUACUGAAAAACCAAUAGGUAGAUAUUCCUACUGUCCACAUUUGACAGGGUCAUUUGUGAUGCUCUGCUAACGCAGGAAAGUUUAGAAUUUGGAUGGCUCUAGAGGUCCCUUACAAUUUAUGAAGGAUCAUUAGAUAGUUAGAUCAGAGCAAUUACACAGAUGACUCUCACUGGGAUUUUCUUAUUUUGUUUUUGAUUUUGCAGUUGGGAACCCUAUUGCGGUGAAACAGAAUCUGAAUCCCACCAUUGAAGAAAUUAAUCAACUUCAUGAGAAAUAUCUGCAGGAACUCCAGGAGUUAUUUGACAAAAACAAAGAAAAGUACGGGAUAUCAGAGCACGCAUCUCUCACAUUUACCUAAAUGCAGGUUCAAGUACAAGGAGAAUCUGAUUCAGAAGAGUUGCUUGCUGGUGAAAAGCAACCUUUUACCCCAUCCAACCCUUCUCUCCAACAACUUACAAGAGUUACAGUCUUCUUGUGUAGCUGGGUACAAUGUGACACAUUUGCUUUUUAAAAAAAAAAAUGAUUUGCAGUUCUCUCUGUGUUUUUGUAUACUGUGUUUUGCUCUAUUGUCUGGGAAUGCAUUUUUAUUCCUUCUCUCAAUGGAUGCAAUUCUGUAACAAAACAUUGCAAAUCUACAAAGAAUCCUAAUGCUUUUUAAUCUUGUGCUUUUUCCGAGACGGACUCAAUCUGUAAGCAGGGAUGAUUGGUCUGUACUAUGUGAAGAGAGCACUCGUGGAAUAAGUCUAGGGCUCCCAUGUCUUCAGUCUUGUUCCUCCAGGAAAUUUUUCCUACCUUUGAAACAGGUAGGGAUUUUGCAGAGGUAUGCUCUUGCAGAGUUCAGUUAGUAUCCGAGUGGUUGCAGCAGAGAAGCCUUUGGUUUGUUUGUUUGUUUGAAAGAGAAGUGUAUUGUGUCCAUCUGAGUUGACUGAAUAAUUUUAAAUGUUUUUGAUGAAUGCUCGUGUAUGGCUUGUUGCCUAGCUAUUGAUCUGUAUUUAACUAUGCAAUGCAAUAUGUGGCAUAUUAGGCGUUCCUAAGCCAUAUGGUAUUGUACUUGAAGUGAUUUAAUAAGCCAAAGAUGCUCAUUUAGCAGGGACGGGAACUUUGUACUUUUGUAAUUGGUGCAUUUAUUUAGAAGAGUAGUGUGAUGAGGCAAAAUUGAUGAUUCUCUGGGAAGUUUUUUCACAGCACCCCUCCCAAAUGAUAAUGAUAAUAGAGGAAGACAAACCAUUUUUGCUUCUAAAGAAGCCAUGCGUUGUGAUUUUUUCCCUUUCAAAGCUCAUUCACCAAAGAGACAGGAGGGAAGAGGUGCAAUCAAUACUUUGCAAUGUAACUUUUAAAAUAUUAGAACUGUGUUGCAUACUCUCUAGCUUUCAGGUUGAGAGCAACAAUUUCAGUGGGGCAGAAAUAUUUUGACAGAAAAAAGUAUUUGUAAACAAUCACUCCCCCCCCCCUUUCUGUUCUGUAUUACUGUUUUCCCUGGAGGCAAGUGCUUUUGCACCUAUUUCCGCUCACUCUGCACUGCUGUCUUUCCUCAUUUAAGUCACAUAGUGAUUCCCACUAGUAGAGUAUUGAGUAAACAGGAUGACAUCAUUGCAGCCCAAGGACAAGGAACCUUUUUCAGCUCCCGGCCUGCAUUCACUCUGGGGGGUCACAUGACAGUGGUGAAGAGGGCCAGAGCAAUGGAUGGCAUUCAUUACCUUUCCACAGUAGGCUAGAUUUUACACUCACUCUUACACUCCUCACGAUGCUCCAUCCAGGCAUUAGAUGAGUUCAAGGACACAUUCCAGCCAGGCAAAAACUCCAAGGAGGCUGCAAAGCAGUGCUGAUGAGGGCCAAGUGGGGUGGCUGGGGAAAGUCCCAAGAACAAGAUACCGUAAUAAAGGCCUGAAUGGCUGCAACUGGCCCGUGGGUCCGAGAUUCCUUCUCCCUGUAACCAAUUAAAUACAGCAGUGUAUUGGAUGGCACUGGGAUCAAUUAAGAAACAGGAUAAUGCUUCCUGGUUUAGUCACAUGAGUGACCCCAUCAAAUCUGCUUGAUUUUUUUGUUCUUUCAAAAGCAUGUUUUUUAGUAAUCAAAAAGCUUUUGCAGAGGGGAAAUUAAGUCUAAGUAUUAUCAAUGGAAACCAUGAAAAGUGAGUUGGUGAAACAGCUCAGUCGGUAGAGCCUGAGACUCUUAAUCUCAGGGUUGUGGGUUCAAGCCCCACAUUGGGCAAAACGGUUUCUGCAUUGCAGGAGGUUGGACUAGAUGACCCUUGUGAUCCUUUCCAACUCUACAGUUCUAUGAUUCUAUGAUCUGAAUGUGUACAAUUUCAGGCAUUUGUUCCACUGGAAGCAUUUGUCAGUUCAGAAUUACACACGCGCACACACAAAUUCUAAAUUCCUAAUUUAGAGUUGCUGAGAGUUGCGCCAACUAACCAAGCAUGUAGCUAUAGUUUUUCAUUUGAAUCGAGCCCCCAGACAACUGGAUCAUGCUUUGGAGGCACUGAGAUUAUUCCAGUGCAACUGAACAGCUGCUUGACAUGAGUGAUGUAAUGCAAGAACUUAAUUAAACAAGACUGAGAGGAAAAUAAAGAGAUAAUAUGAAAAUUUGCCAAUAUUAUUUCCCUCUACGAACCACUCAUGCUUGAAAAGGGAGGCUGGAAGUGGGGAGAAAAGAGCAUAUAUUGUCUGGUCCAGUCCUUUUAGUUUCUGAUGAGAACGCUUGCUGAGGGACAAGCUAGCUAAGGCUGGACAUCCUAGCAGCUGCUCUCCCUAUACACAGAAGGUUGGCUUGCUAUCAGCAUUUGCUUCAAAUUCCCCUUGAUACCACAUUCUUGGUUCUGAUGUCAUUCUCAGCACUGCUGGUUCACAAAAUUAUUCAAAGCUCAUUACUUCCUCAUGCACCAGUUCACUUAAAAGGAGCUGUGUGUGUGUGUGUGUGUGUGUGUGUGAGAGAGAGAGAGAGAGAGAGAGAGAGAGAGGUCAUGGGUCAUGGGUCUUACAGCCACUGAUUGCCCUAUACCUAAGACAUCAAUGAUGGUUGGCCCCACUGAGAUUGGCAGAACGGAAGGCAGGGAGUCUGACAGUAGGCAGAGUCAAUGACAAGCAGAGCCAUCCCAUUCUAGUUUUCUGCCCAGUCUUCUGCUGAGUUUUACAAGGACAACAUGGGAAACUGAAGAGAAGGAAGCUGACACGUGGCAGUGGUUAAGGGCAGAUUGAUGUUGGUGGGACAGUGUCCCGUUCAUUCUAAUGGACCCAUCUCCACUGCCCACACUUUCCCUUAAAACCCCCAAGGAAAAACAGUUCUUUUACCAUCUCCAAGCCCUCCCAGAAGAGAGUGACCACUUGCUAGAUAUGGCAGCAGUCUGACUUAGCAAAAGGCUACUUGCUACCUUCCAAGUGAAAGCAGUUCAGAGUGGGAGUAUUGCUUCCUAUACUAAUCACAUAGGUAAUCCUAGCCAAUCAAGAAUAGCCCUUCUACAGGCCUUGCAGUGUGUUGAACACUUUUGCAAAAUACAUACAUGCAACCUGCUGUUUUCCGCUGCUCCAGCCUUGUUGCUGUAUUAUGGCUUUUUAAAAUACAGAUUGAUUAUUUUGUUGAACAGAAGCUUAAGAAGAAUAAACCAUUUUGAUAUGAAUAUGUGGGUGUGCUUACAUGUACUCAAUCUUUUAUGUGUGUUCUUUCAUAAUUAUCUAGCAGCCCAUUGAUGAAGAGAUUAGCUUCAUGCGGUUUUAGCUUAGCCAAUGUCUUUCCAUCAUGGGUUUAUCAUAAUAUCUUUAUGCUAUUUAUAUUGGCAGCCAGUCCACUAAGAUAAUCUGCAGACACAUCAUGUAGUUCCACUCCAUUCAAAGGAGCUGGGUGUUGGUGAUUUUAAUAUUCUUUCCACAAUGGCAUGUAUGCAGCAUGCUGUAAUAUAAUGAAAAUGAAGAAAAGGCAAGAAAGAGGUUUGAUUAAGGCUACAAUCGUAUUCGCACUUACCUGGCAGGAAGCCCCAUUGAACUCUUUGGGGCUUACUUCAGAGUAGACAUGCAGUGUAAAUGUCUUGAUGUAUUGGUGUCUCAUUACUGAAUGAAUGAAGGAAAGGAACAGCUGCUUCCUAGUAUAAGGCUCUCAAAUUUAAUAAUGGAAGAUCAACAUUGCAGCUUGUUGCUAUGGAAGUGGAGAGAGUGAAUUGUCAUUUGGAAUAUGAGAAGGGGAUGAUAAUAUUAUUAGUGUUGUGUAUUUUCAAAGUAGUCUUAAAUAUUAAAUAUGUUAUCCUUUGCAACAACAUUAUCCUCCUAUUGUGGCUGGAUUCUGAAGCAAACACAGCCUGUUGACCAACUUCUUUUAUGAUAUAUUCAGUGAAGUAAAGUGGGUGAACUCCAACUCCCAUCAGCCCCAGUGAGUCUGGCCAUUAGCUAGGGAUGAUGGGAGUAGGGAUGGGGGAGAUAUUUGAUUCAGGUAGCAUGUAAAGCCGAAUUUGAGCUUUCUGAAACAAUAUGAAAACACAGGCAUCCUUUGAAAUUUGCAGUUAACUGAAUUUUGCGGUGUAGUUUUCCAACCAACCAAGGUCAACCAAACAGUGGUCAAAACAGCAUACGAAAUGUGUUUAUAAUAAUAAUAAUAAAUUUUAUUUAUAUCCCGCCCUCCCCAGCCGAAGCCGGGCUCAGGAGAAAUUUACAUUAAAAUGCAAUUUUAAAAAUCAUGAUAGGUUCUUCCUGGGGGGAAAAAUCUCAAAUUGCUGCAGAAAUGCAGAGAACUGAAUUUGAGAAUGGAAAAAUGAGCAAAUGAGAGAUCUGAAAGUGACAGAACCAUCUGCCCCAUAUGAGCAUUAUAGUGCAGUAACAUCUGGAGGGCCAAAGGUUUCCACACCUGAUGUUGAGGAAGAAAACUAACCGAUCUCAUAUUUCAAGGAACAUGUUGACUUUACCUUUGUGUAGUAAUGCAGGAGUGGGUCAUUUCUUGCAGCCAGGGCUUUUUGAGACAGUACUUACUGGUAUAGAAUACCAGCACCUCUUUUUUGGUCCCUCAUGGCAAGUAUUUUGUCCUGGCACCUGCAGCACUUCUGUAUAUCAGUAUACCUCAUAUUUUACAGCAGCAACAACAAAAAAGGUUCUGCCUGCAGUUAUGCAAGACAAACACACCUGCUUUAUAUUUCUUUAGCUCCACUAGAUGGCAUAUCUCCUUUCUCACCAUCCAUUUGUUAUUCGCCAAAUUGUGGAAAGGAAAGAAAUAGCCAGGAGAGAGCAGAAAGUGAAAACCUACUGUCUGCUUCAUUUUUGUAACAUCAAAGCAAACCCCUUUCUAUUCCUAUGCUAAAUCAUCUUUCAGUGUCAUGAGCAGUGGCUUAUGGGUAUGAUUUUCACAUUAGUAAAAUAUUCCUAUGGUCUGAAGGGAAACCAGAGUUUCAUGUUAGAAACACCAAGAACGAGGCCAAUAAUGUACAUAGCCAACUCCUGAAUCCACAAAGGUGCUGUCUGCAAUAAAUUUUAAAAACCUUAGAGAUGAUUUCCGCUAAGCAAGGAGCCAGGUGCCAUUUAAACCAACAAGGGAGAAAGUCAUCAAAAUUGGGCUGUGGUAUAUAGCCUUUGCCCCUGUUUCUUCCACCAAGGUCCAUUCCAUUAUCCAACGCCAAUCAUAAGAAACCCUGCAACUGACCGUCUUUGCUCUGUUACUCAUGAGAGGAGUAAGAAGCCUGUUUGUAAGUUCCUAGGUCAGUGUAGGUGGAUUUGAGCUGUUUGUCCAUCUGCCUUCAUCCCUUCUAUUCUUAAUAAAGCUUUAUUUAAUUGGGUUGUUGGAGUCCAGAAUGUGUGUUUGCUAAACUCAAGGAUUUUUGUAAUCUCCCAUGUGCCCGAACUGCUGGGUGCAUUCUACUUGGUAUAAGAUUUGGGGUGUUAGAGAAAAGGAAGCUAUUCUGAUCUCUGGGAGAGUUUAAGAGCUAAGUGCUGGCUUCACUCCCCAAGUGAACUAAGAGGGAUCUGGCUGGAAAAUGCAGGGUGUGUUGUCUCAGGAUCCUUUCCCCCCAUUUUUCUUGAGCAUGCCCGGAUCCUGCUCCUGCAAGUUUGAGAGACAGUGGUGUGGCAACUGUUACCAGAUAGUCAAUACACAUCUGGCCUACUCUACAAGGCAGUUGUUCAAGGCCUCCUCCUUCCAUCAAACACACCAGAACUAAUGGUCCUGCUGUACAAUCCUGUUGCAUAACAGUUGCUUUUAAACCAUCUAGUGCAAAAAUAAAUAAAUAUGUGAGCGAUGCAGCACAGCAUGCUUCAUUCUUAAAGUUUAUAUCUGUAACGCUAUGAUCUAAGUAAAUGCUAAUUGGGUAUAUGCACCAACUUGCAUAAGUUGUAUGAUGAGAAUGAUUGACAUAUGUGUGUGUAAUUAUAUCUGUAUUUAAUGACUGGUGAUUCUAACAAUCAAGUGGGUGAUUAGAUGAAGUUGUAAGCUUAUAAAGCAGCCUUGCAACUAAAUUAAGAAAAGCUACCAGUUUAGGAGGGGAAAAUACUAGCCUGUCCCCCCAGUCCCCCCUCUUCUAUGUUCAUACUUGUAUUGAUAGAUGGUUGUCUAGUUUUAAAAGAACUGACAGACAGCCAGUUGAUGGGAGCAAUAUUUGACAGUGCUAAUCUGUAUUACAUAGGAUUAACCAGGCUGAGUAAUUAACUUGCAUAAGCCCUUUAGGGCAUUUAGUACACCCAAGGCAUUCUUUAUAUUGUGAUGUAAGGAAUACUGAAAGGCAGGCAGUAUUCCUUGCAUUACAAUAAUUCGUUCAUUUUAGAGGAAUGAAAAGCAAGAAUGAAUAUCCUGUAGUACAGUGAUUCCCAAUUAGCUAAAAAAAAACACCUCAACAACUUUGCUAGUAUCCGUAUUUUUACUUUUAAAAAUAUGGCAACCCUACCUAAUUGGGAACCACUGCUCUAGAACAACAAAAAACAACCUAUAUCGGUGCAAAAGACAGCAACAUAUGAUCACAGAUUAGCUAAUUAAGAUAUCUCAUUACCCAAACCAAUCCGUUCUAUUUAGUUUGCAUUCCACUGGUGAUCCUGCUCCUCUUCCCCUUCCAGACUUGCAUAUACCACCAUUAAACCCCCAAGUACAUGAAUUGAUUUCAUGUAGAAGCAAACAUAUUGCAGUCCUAUACACAGUUACCCUGGGAAUAAGUCCUGUUGACAUACUGGGAUUUGUUGUUGUUGUUGUUUAGUCGUUUAGUCGUGUCCGACUCUUCAUGACCCCAUGGACCAGAGCACACCAGGCACUCUUGUCUUCCACUGCCUCCGCAGUUUGGUCAAACUCAUGCUGGUAGCUUUGAGAACACUAUCCAACCAUCUCGCCCUCUGUCGUCCCCUUCUCCUUGUGUCCUCCAUCUUUCACAACAUCAGGGUCUUUUCCAGGGAGUCUUCUCUUCUCAUGAGGUGGCCAAAGUACUUCACAAUCUGUCCUUCUAGUGAGCACUCAGGGCUGAUUUCCUUAAGAAUGGAUCGGUUUGAUCUUCUUGCAGUCCAUGGGACUCUCAAGAGUCUCCUCCAGCACCAUAAUUCAAAAGCAUCAAUUCUUCGGCGAUCAGCCUUCUUUAUGGUCCAGCUCUCACUUCCAUACAUCACUACUGGGAAAACCAUAGCUUUUACUAUACGGACCUUUGUUGGCAAGGUGAUGUCUCUACUUUUUAAGAUGCUGAUACUGGGAUUUACCUUUCAGCAAAUAUGCGUAGGAUUGCACUGCAGAACCUUUUAUGUUUCUUCUGAACUUACAUGCAAGUCAAAGACAGUUCUUACAACCAGCAGGGAAGAGGCAUUCAGGAUGUCAUAAUGCUUGAAUUUAGAAGUUAACUGUAAAUUGUUCCAACUUCAUUAAUCCAACAAAAUGAAACAACACCCCACCCCUGAGACACACUUGCCAAUAAAGUCUGUCAAUGAUUGGCAACCAACUUUGCC